AUGCCUGAGGCUGCCUCUUCUCGGCCCCCCGACAUCUAUGAUGUUCUCAUUGUUGGUGCUGGAGUCGCAGGCUGCGUCCUGGCGGUUACGUUUGCUCGACAAGGCCGCAAUGUGCUUCUACUUGAGCGUGACCUGCGCGAGCCUGACCGGAUUUUGGGAGAGCUUUUGCAACCUGGAGGUGUUGCAGCACUUGAAAGUCUGGGUCUGGGUGACUGUCUCGAUGGGAUUGACGCCAUUCCCUUGAGAGGAUAUCGGCUGUCUUACUUUGGCAAGGAAACUACCUUUUGGUAUCCCAGAAUUGCUGAUUAUCCUAUCGGGUAUCCUACUCAACAGACCUCCCCGGCGAAACUGGCGCUGCCGCCGUCAGAACCAAAACGUACGCUCGGGGACGAAGAUGAGAGACAUGAGGGCAGAAGUUUCCACCAUGGCCGAUUCAUUAUGAAGCUUCGUGACGCCGCAAUGAAGGAAGAGAAUGUAUAUGCAGUCCAAGCCAACGCAACAGGUUUGUUGUGGUCUUCAAAUCAUGACAAAGUCAUCGGAAUCAGGUCGAGGGAAACGUCGACGGAGGGCUCAAAAGUAACCGACUACUUUGCGCACCUCACUGUGCUGGCAGAUGGGCAGUCCUCAAACUUGCGAUCGAAAGUUACCAGCACUAAACCGAUAUCGAAAUCUAGAUUCUACGGCCUAUUGAUGGAAGGAGAGCUGAGUAGUUGCGGCCUCAGCCUUGGUGUGAUAGGCCAUGGUCCACCGGCGGGGAUCUACCAGAUUGGCAAGAAAGACCGAUAUGAGAGAAUACCUCCAAAAAAGCCUAGUCCCUUCACUGCCGGAGGUAAUGCAGAAGUCAGCCGAAAACGCGUUGAGGAAAAACAAGCUGAGAUCGAUGCCAAACUCUUGGCUCCCGCCCUGUACGACCAAGUCCAAGGGCGUGCUUCUAUUGGGUGA